AUGUGCUAUUCGUCUCCUUCCGCCGUCGAGUCACGCAAAUUCCAGGGACGUUGCAGGCCAUCCCCUACAUUUCCUACAUCGGUUCAUUUCGCGUUCCAUCUGUCGCCGGUGUUCAAACGGAGAGAGAAGCCCAGGGCCGUGUGCCAGAUGGCGACCUUCCACCUGGGAUUUUCAGCAGCCUCUCGUCACGUGUCGAGCAUCGAACCAUCGCCGUGCAACGCAUCGAGAGACGCACAGGGAAAUGAGGCCCAUUGA